AUGGAGCAGGUUUUUCGGGAUGCGGAGUAUGAAAGUCUAUGUGCAGGUUGGGGUCGAGGAUAUCUUGAUGAGGUACCCAACAUCUUUCCUCUGGUCCAUAGUCCUCCCAGUCAACCAGAUACUCCAGUCGCCCACCACGUAUUUCUCGCACAGUGUAGAUGGGUUCAGCGUCAAUGGGUGGCAACGGGGAAGGAACAGAAACAGGAGUGUGAUGGGGUUUUAGCAGGGAAACAUGAAAGGGCUGAGCUGUCUGCAGGGUUGUCUCAAGUGGAUGUCUCAGGUGAAGAGCCACACCAGCUGGCCAAGUUGGAGGAGGUGAUUGUGGAUUCUUGGCAGGUGGCAGUUUCAAAAGAAAACACAGAUGAUCUGAGGAUUGUACUGCUGGGAAAAACUGGAGUUGGGAAAAGUGCAACUGGAAACACAAUCUUAGGAAGAAAAGCAUUUACAGCACAAACAUCUCAAGAACUCAAAUCUAUUACUAAAGAGAGUCAGAGAGAAUCAUGUGAAAUCAACGGUCGACGUGUCACUGUGAUCGACACUCCAGGACUGUUUGAUACUGAACUCAGUAAUGAGGAGAUCCAGAGAGAAAUCACUCACUGUGUCUCCAUGUUCCUGCCUGGACCACAUGUGUUUCUCUUACUGGUUCCACUGGAACGAUUCACUAAAGAAGAAGAAACAUCAGUGAAGAUCAUCCAAGAGACCUUCGGUGAAAACUCAUUAAUGUUCACCAUGGUGCUCUUCACCCGAGGAGACUUUCUGAAGAAGAAGACCAUCGACCAGUGUUUGGGAAAACCUGGAUCUCCUCUGAUGAAGCUGAUCGAAGCGUGUGGAAACAGAUAUCAUGUGUUCAAUAAUAAUCAGCCUGAAGACCGAACACAGGUGACUGAUCUACUGCAGAAGAUAGACGACAUGCUGAAAGAGAACGGAGCGAGUUUCUACUCAUGUAAGAUGUUCAGAGAGAUGGAGAGAGAGAAACAAGAACUACAGAUCAAGAUCCUAAUGGACAGAGUCCGAGAAAGAGAGGAGGAGAUUGAGAAACUGAACAGAGAAAGAGAGCAAGAGAUGGAGAAACUGAACAGAGAAAGAGAGCAAGAGAUGGAGAAACUGAACAGAGAAAGAGAGCAAGAGAUGGAGAAACUGAACAGAGAAAGAGAGCAGGAGGUGGAGAAACUGAACAGAGAAAGAGAGGAGGAGAUGGAGAAACUGAAGAGAGAAAGAGAG